AUGCUUCGCAGCCAGAGCGUAUCCUAUCUUUCGGAAAAGAGAAAAACCGGGCUUUUCAUGUCCAUUCGGAGCCGCAAGUCAUCCAUAAAAGAUCUCAGUUCUAUCAUUGGCAAACCUCGGCCUUUAAGCCAGCUGGCCGACACUUUACUAGCAGAUAACACCGUUACGAAAAGGAAAAGCAUGUUCGUCCCAAGCUCAGUAGCGGAAAACAAGGAAAACCCGGAACAGGCAAGGAGCCUGAAAAUCCCGGCGGAUUUAAAAGGAAAACGCAAACUGAUGAUUUUCAAAAGCAAAACUACCAACUUCUCCAGCGAAAAAACAUUGACCGGCGUCAACCUGGAACCGAGCGACAUCAUAUCUGUUGAAACCAUCCCAAUAGACUCGCCGCUUUCACAAAAGACAAAAGUUGAAAGUUUGGAUGCAUCACCAAUAGGAGCCAUGGACUAUUCUAUAUACUUGAAGGACUUUGUUGAAAAGGAGGAGGAAACAUCAAAGCCAAGUAAGCUCCACCGCACGGUCAAUCUCACCAACUUUAGUGACUUCAAAGGUGACGCUCGUUUGCCCAUGGGAAACAGGCUCAGUAUGGAAGUGGAAACCAAAGAGUUGGAAGACUUGCAGCGCCAAUUGAGUCGCCAAGACAACGUACGUGUUUCGAUGGUGGAGAACGCCAUUUUCCUUAGUUUCUUCCGCGAUCAAGAAGAUGCACAAUCGCAAAUAGAAGGCCGCUACUGGGACAAACUAGAUGCUUGUGUGUUCAAAGAGGAAUACAAUAGUGACGACAAGAUGUACAUGUACUUUUGA